GCCCCCAGUACUAAUUUGACUCACUGGCGCUACACGGGAUGCGGAGUUUGGUUAGAAGGGAGAAGAGGGUUAGUCAGUUUUACGGGACCGAUUACAUCCGCAAAAAUGGUCGAGGCUUUCUGCGGAACAUGGAAACUGGUGGACAGUCGGAACUUUGAUGACUACAUGAAGGCAUUAGGAAUUCCUUUUGCCACAAGACAAGUGGGCAAUGUUACCAAACCAACAAUAAUAAUCAGCAUGAAUGGGGAUAGAGUGGUAAUUAAAACCCAGAGCAGAUUCAGGGUCAUUGAAGUCUCAGGCAAACUUGGAGAGGAAUUUGAUGAGACUACAUUUGACGACCGAAAAGUAAAGUCUACCUUUACCAUGGAGGGAGACAAAUUUGUGCAUACACAGAAGUGGGAUGGGAAAGAGACCACAUUGAUUAGAGAAAUCAGGGAUGGAAAGAUGGUGAUGACGUUAACAUUUGAGGGAGUCACAGCGGUCCGCACAUAUGUGAAGGUGGAAAGGAGGACAUCGUUUGUCUCAAUGUAAACCACCAGGAGCAGCUUUACAUUUUACUUGAUCUGAAAAUAUAUUUCAAAUGAUGGUU